AUGUCAGUUUCAUCCGAUCCACCUGAAUUACCACCAGACUCUCCUGGUUCUUCAGUAUCAUCACGCUUACAGAAUGAAUAUGAUGAUUUAUUGCGGCGAGCCGUUGUCGUUGUUGAAAGUGGUGUUAAAACAAAUGUUAUUAUGAAUCAAUCUGUAUUCGGACCUGGACAACGUGCAACAAAUAAAAAAAACGUAGCUGCAACAGAUCUUACCGAUUUGAAUAGUCCAAAUACCCAUCGUACUGAUAUGACACAAUCUGAAAUUGAGAUGAUAGCGUAUUUUUCUACAGAAACUCAACGACAAAAAUUAUCCAAUAUUCCAUCACUUAACCAACUACUUAGUACAGCAGCAUUUUCCAUCAAUGAACAACAAAACACAGACAAACAGUUAAUGUUGAAUGAAUGUGAUGAUCCAUUGGUGCAUCAACUCUUUCGUUAUACGGAAUCAGUAUCGAACGAAUUAGAAUCAAAACCAAUAACGGAAAAAAUGGAUCAUUGGUAUUUAGAUCUUAAGAAAAAUUUAAUGGCUGAAUUCGAUAAAUUACGAUUACAAUUUCUUGAAGACGCACAACAAGGUGCUCUACGUGAAAAACAAGCUCAAGCAAAAGAAUAUGUACGUUUAAAUCAAGAUAUAAAAACAAUGCGUGAAAUGUUAAUACACUAUGAAAACAAAAUCGAUCAAAAAGAUCAAUCAGAAAAGAAUCUUAAUAAAGCAUUAGAUUUAUUGUAUAAUAAAACAGUUGCUUAUCGUCGCUAUUAUGAAUGGCGUAUAAUUCAUAUUGAAAGACGACGACAGCAAUAUGCACUGAUGCUUGCUAAGCGAUUCUAUGAAGAUAAAAUGAAACGUAAAGCACUAGUAAAUUGGAAAAAUACAGUUGAUCAAGAAUGGAGAAAACGUUUUGAAAAUGCUUGUGAAAAAAAAGCGAAAGAUGUUUUAAUUCAAUUAGGCAACGAAUAUGAAUUAAAAUAUAAACAAUUAGAAUUAGAAUUAUUAACCGCAAAUGAAGAAAUAGCACGUUUAAAAAUUGACAAAGGUGAUCAAGAUGAAGCUUUGAAAAAAGCGUUUAUGCGUGGAGUUUGUGCCUUAAAUAUGGAAGCCAUGUCUGUUUUACUUAAAAAUGAAAAUGAAUUAGAAACAACAACAUCAAACAACGACGAAAAACCACGACGAUGUUGCAUUCAUCGUGCCAAUGGCGAUGAGCAAUUCAUUGAUGAAGGUACUCGAUUAACUGGUGAUGUAGAAAAUGAUUUAAAACCUUCACACUGUUGUCCUUCAUUGCCAACAUAUGUUUUCAAAGAACAUUUGCCAAGUACAAUUUAUCGCACCGGAGAAGCCCGUUCUAUUCGUCCUACAUGUACAACUAACAAUCAACAUCGUCAUGUAACUUUCAAUAAACGCCCAUCGACUGGUACCAAUCGAACUCGGCAUCCUAAUAAUAAUGUAUUAGUUGAACGGCACGCACCAACAAAUAAUAUUCGUUCAUAA